AUGGCCUCGAACGGUUUCACGCCGCCGACACACCCUCGCGCAUGGAAGCCUCAUCGAGAAUCAUCACUAAUGCAGUUUCAUCGUCAGCCUCGUCCGUACCCUCCUCAAGGUCCCGGCUCGUACCUGCAGAAUGGCAAUGCCGGUCCUGUGCCAGGCGCUCGACCUCUUCUACCAGAUAACGGUCGAAUCAUCCAAGCCGGUCCAACCAGAGUUCUCUGCAUAGCUGAUGUUCGAGGCAACUUGCGCUCUCUCAAUGACCUUGCAAAGACCGCAAACGCCGACUACAUCCUUCACACUGGAGACUUCGGUUUCUACGACAAUACCUCAUUGGAGAGAAUAGCCGACAAGACUCUGAAGCAUGUCGCGCAGUAUUCUCCCCUCAUCUCUGACCAAGUCAAGCGUCAAAUCAAUCAGCCAAACCAAGGUCCAGGCUCGAAACCAAUCAAGACCACCUUCUCGCCUGACCAGCUACCUUUGUCCGAGCUGCCACAACUACUGAACAAGACAUUCACACUCGAUGUUCCCGUGUACACCGUAUGGGGUGCUUGCGAGGACGUCAGAGUACUUGAGCGCUUCAGAUCAGGCGAGUACAAGGUCGACAACCUGCACAUCAUCGAUGAGGUCAACUCGCGAUUGCUGGAGGUUGGUGGCGUCAAAUUGCGGCUGCUGGGUCUGGGUGGCGCUGUCGUUAUACACAAGCUAUUCGACAAUGGAGAGGGCAAGACGUACAUUGCCGGUGGUCAGGGCACCAUGUGGACGACACUGCUGCAGAUCGGCGCUCUGAUUGAUACUGCCAACCGUGUCUACGACCCAUCAGAGACCCGCAUCUUCCUCACACACGCCUCGCCCGCACGUGAUGGCAUACUUAACCAGCUGUCGGUCACACUCAAGGCCGACUUCUCCAUCUCUGCUGGUCUGCACUUCCGAUAUGGGUCAUCUUACAACGAGUUCAGUGUCAAUCCUUCCCUUGACCACUACCGAGGCAAGCUAGCCGCCUCCAAGGCAUCCUUCAACGAUGUAUGGGAGACUGUCCGCCAGGACGUCGAGGCUGCUAUCGAGACCAACCUCAGUCACAAAGCACUUCUCAAUCAGGCCAUCGAGAUCAUCGAGAAGAUGCCACAAUCCGCGAAUAGCGGAAAUCCAUUUGGCGGUGGCCCGGUUGGUGGCAAUGCUGGUGCCGGCCAAGUUGAUGAGUCAGCGUUCAAGAACAUGUGGAACUUCAACCUGGCUGAUGCGGCGUUCGGCUACUUGGUCCUGGAGGUUGAUUCCGGCUUCAACUUCGCCCACCGUGGAGGCAAGCCAACUCAGCCAGUCCCACAACAGCCUGCCGCUCCACCUGCUGCAGUUGCCAAUGCACCUCCCACUGGUCCUGCUCAAGGUCGUCCACAGUUCACCGCACCGACUCAGCCAUUCCCGCAAGCUGCUCGCAAUCAGCAGCCGCGCGCAGGACCUCAGGGGGCCCCCCAGCCUGGUGCAAAGAACCCGACCCCUCCUACAACCCGCUCUCCUGCUCCGCCGGUGACACAGGCCAAGCCUAUGACACCCCAGCCGUCAGCCACUGCAGUUCCGACUACCAGUACGCCUGCCACCAACGGUCAUGGCGACAAGGCUGCUGCUGAGAAGAAGCCCACACCAUCCCCAGCUUUCGAGCGCAAACCUCCUACAGCUCUUUUCACCUUUGGCGAGACUGAAGAGCAGGUCAAGGAAUUCAUUCCAGAGCCCCACAAGAGCAAGAUACAAUCUUUCUCUCGCGCCGGCAAUAAGUUCCACAACGGAUGGAAGAUCCAAUACGAGUCUGCGGAAGACGCCAACGCUGCUCUAAAGGCCAUUCAGGAAGAGAACAAGAACCGACCGAAGGAUGCAACCCCUAAGCCUCCGAGGUUCUCUCACUACAUGGACAAGAGUGAACAUUACAACCGCGACUCGCCCAUCACUGGCCGAGGUGGAGGUCAAGCAGGUGUAACUCCUCGUCCAGGAUAUCAGAGCGGUGCUAGCGACUCCGAAGGCGGUUCCCGAGGUCGUGGCGGCUUCCGCGGUGGACGUGGACGCGGCGGAAGAGAAGAUCGAGGUGGUCGAGGUGGACGUGGUGGUCGGGGCGGGCUCCAAGGCAAAUCUGACGCCGACAAGCCUUCAACUGAGUCCAAGCCCGCUACCGAGCCAAAGCCUGCAGAUUCUUAG